AUGGCGUCGCGGCUGGCGGGCGCCUACGCUGCCCUCGGCGGCGUCCGCGAGGCCCAACUGGUCUUCCCCCCCGGCAGUGCCACCACCGCCGCCUGGAACUUCGUCCUCCGGCGAGCCGUCGAGGCCCGCCGCUUUCCGGUCGCGUUGGCAAUCUUCCGCUCCAUGCUGGCGGCGGGUCCGCCGCCGGACGGGUACACGUACCCGUUGCUCCUCAAGUCCUGCGCCGACUCGUCGGCACUGGAGCGGGGCCGGGAGAUCUACCGCUCCAUUGCAAGACCCAACGUGUUCGCACAGUGCGCCGCGGUGGACAUGUUUGCCAAGUGCGGGAGCAUGGAGGAAGCACGGAGAUUGUUCGAAGAAAUGCAGCAGAGAGAUCUGGUCUCCUGGACGACGAUGAUCUGCGGGGCCAUGCAGAAUGGGAGCUGGUCGGAGGCGUUGACUCUGUUCAAGAGGAUGAGAUCGGAAGGGUUGGGUUUUGACUCGGUGACUCUGGCGACGGUGGCGCCGGCCUGCGGGCGGGUGGCGGCGCCCCUGCUCGGGAUGGCCCUCCACGGCGGCGCCAUCGCCGGCGGGGUUGCGGAGGACCUCUGCGUGCUGAAUUCUCUGAUCGAUAUGUACUGCAAGUGCGGGCUGAUCCGCCUGGCUGAGGCCGUCUUCUCCGCCAUGGAGCUCAGGGAUUCCAUCUCGUGGAGCACCCUGAUCACCGGGUACUCGCAGAACCACCAAUACUCGCAGAGCUCGCGCCUGUUCGCCGCCAUGAUCGCCGCCGGCGCGCGGCCGAGCUCAGUCACUCUCGCCGGCGCGCUCCCCGCCUUCUCCGGCUUGAAGCUGCUGCACCAUGGGAAGGAGAUCCAUGGCUACGCCGUGAGGAACCUCUUCCACCUCGACUCCUUCGUCGCCAGCGCCAUGAUCGACCUCUACAGUCACUGCGGCGCCCUCGCCAAGGCGGAGUUCGUCUUCGCCGGUGGAAGAGGAGGACAGGACCUGGCCGUCUGGAACUCGAUGAUCAGCGGCUACGCCAUGGCCGGCGACCCCAGCUCGGCAUUCGAGUCUCUGCGGGCCCUACUCCAUGCGGGGCUCCGGCCGAGCUCGGUGACAGUCGUGGCGGUCCUUCCGUUGUGCGGCCGCUGGACGAUGCUCCACCGGGGGAGAGAACUACACGGAUAUGCGACCCGCAGCGACCUGCUCUCCGCCACCACUGUGAGCAACUCCCUGAUCGACGUGUACUGCAAAUGCGGCCUCCUGAGCGAGGGGGAGAAGCUGUUCCAGAGGGCACCGCGCAGAGACGCCGUCACCUUCAACGCUAUGAUCGCCGCCCUGGGGAUGCACGGCCACGGCCGCCGCGCCGUCGCCUGCUUCGCCGCCAUGGGAGAGGAGAAGAUCGAGCCCGACAAGGUCACCUUCGUCGCCCUCCUCUCCGCCUGCAGCCACGCGGGGCUCGUCGACGAGGGGCUUGGCUUCUUCCGCUACAUGGUCGAAGACAGAGGUAUCAGGCCGGAGAUGGAGCACUAUUCCUGCAUAGUCGACCUUCACGGGAGGUCUGGACGCUUGGACGAGGCCUGGGAUUUCAUCAGGAAGAUGCCGGUGGAGCCAGAGAUUGAUGUGCUGGGGAGCCUGCUCGGAGCUUGCAGAGUUCACCAGAGGGAGGACCUCGCUGAGCUCGUGGGGGGCUGGAUCAUGGAGAAGAAGGAGGCCGUUGACCCGGGGUACCACCUGCUGCUGGCCAACACGUACGCCUGGUCUGGGAGGUGGAGCGAGGCAGCGGGGGUGAGGAGGAUGGUGAGGGAGAGUGGGCUGAGGAAGAGGGUUCCCGGCAGCAGUUGGAUUCAGGUUGGCGCCGCCGCCCACCGCUUCUCUACGAGGGAGAGGUCGCACCCGUUGACGGAGGAGAUGAACGAGACCCUGAGGAGCUUGCUCUGCCAGAUAAAGGACCAAGGGUACUCCCUCGACGUGGGCUGCGUCCUCCUGCCCGAGCUCUCCGAGCAGAUAGAUGCCGAUGAGGCCUCUGAGUGA